AUGGCAUUUUUAUUUAAAAGGAAUCCUAAAACAGCGCCAGAUUUGGUUAGGGUAUUAAAUGAUCAAGUGGCGAAGCUAGAUCUUAAUAAUGAUAACAAUAAGAAGUAUCAGGACGAAUGCUCAAGGUAUUUGAAGCAGAUCAAGGUGAUUCUCCAUGGGGGAGACGAUAGUGAACCGCAACCGGAGCAAAUAUCACAAUUAGCACAAGAGAUUUAUUCGAGUGAUUGUCUCUACCAUUUGAUCUCUAAUAUGCGUAAAUUGGACUUUGAUUCGAGAAAGGAUGUGUUGAUAUUGUUCCUGACACUCUUACGACGACAGAUUGGGAGCACUUCUCCCACCGUAAGCUACCUUCUUAACUCGAAGCCCGAUAUACUAGUUCUUUUGAUGAAGGGACCGGAAACCCAAGAAACGGGGUUGAUCUGCGGGCAAAUCUUGAGAGAUUGCAUCAAAUUUGAAGCGAUCAACAAAUUCAUCAUCAACAACCCAUUGUUUUGGAGCUAUUUCAAGUAUGUUCAAAUCCCAAUAUUCGAGAUUGCUACUGAUUCAUUCAUUACUUUGCAUGAUUUAUUGACGACGCACAAGAAGUUAGUAUCGGAAUUUCUAGCCAGUAACUAUGAGAUCUUCACAUCCCAUAUAAACCAGUUGAUUCAGUCGAACAAUUACGUUACAAAGCGCCAAAGUGUCAGAUUAUUGGCAGAGCUAGUUUUGCAGAGACAGAACCAGUUCUUUUUGAAUAAAUACUUCGACGAUACAAACAACUUGAAAUUAAUCAUGUUGUUGUUAAGUGACAAGCUGAAAAAUCUACAGAUCGAAGGGUUCCAUAUUUUUAAAUUUUUCGUUGCUAAGCCUAAAAAAUCCCAAAAGAUUUUGGAUAUCCUUAUCAAGAAUAAAGAGAAUUUCAUAGCAUUUUUCAGAAACUUUAACAUUAACAGUUUCAACGAUUCAAAUCUAAUCGAUGAGAGGGAUUAUAUUUUAAAUGAAAUUCAAAAAUUACCUGAUAUUGAAAGAAUUAACUAG